AUGGAUUUCCAAGGAAAUCACACCCUCGGCAUGAACAGGUCAGCCCCAAAUAUCUCUGAGAUGGGACGAAACUUCUCCUACACUGCUGAUGACCUGAGCCCCUUCACCUAUUCUACCUUUAUCAUGCCCAUCCUCUUUGGCAUCAUUUGUCUCGUGGGCAUCGUUGGCAACAGCCUCGUGAUCUGCACCGUCUUUAAGAAGUCCACUCCCACCAGCAGCGUCCCUGACAUCUUCAUCGUUAAUCUCUCCAUGGUGGACUUGCUCUUCCUCCUGGACAUGCCAUUUCUCAUCCAUCAGUUGCUAGGCAACAGGGCCUGGCAGUUUGGGGAGACUAUGUGCACCAUCAUCACCGCCUUGGAUGCCAACAGCCAGUUCACCAGCACCUACAUCCUCACUGCCAUGUCGAUAGACCGUUAUCUGGCCACCGUGUAUCCGUUCACUUCCGCUCGUUUCCGGAAGCCCCCAGUUGCCGUCUUUACCAUCUGUGCGCUCUGGGGUCUUUCCUUCCUCAGCAUCACUCCGGUGUGGAUGUACGCCCAACUCAUUCCCCUGCCAGGGGGGCUUCUGGGCUGUGGGAUUCGCCUGCCUGAUCCCCAGCGAGACAUCUACUGGUAUACCCUCUACCAAUUCUUCUUGGCUUUCGCCAUCCCUUUCACCCUCAUCACGGUGGCCUACCGGCGGAUCCUGCUGAGGAUGGCCAGGUCCUCGAAAGCAUUGACCGGACAGCGAUGCAACAGCUUCCGGACCAAAAAGGUCACACGGGUUGCCAUCGCCAUCUGCCUGGCCUUCUUCAUCUGCUGGGCCCCCUUCCACACCCUGCAGCUGGUCCAGCUGGCCAUGCACCAACCCACCUUGCCUUUCUACUAUGCCUACAAUGUGGCCAUCAGCUUGGGUUACGCAAACAGCUGCCUGAACCCUUUCAUUUACAUCUUUCUUGGGCGGAACGUCUGCAGGAGGAUUGUCGUCUCCGUCCGGCCAGCUGACGUCAGAGAGGACCUCUCUCAGAACCGGAUCAAAAGUGCUCGUGGGGAACAGAGCGAAUCUGGACAGCCUCUGUUGCACUUGGUCUCUGUCUCCGCCAGGUGA